AUGGCGUUCAAAUUCAUGGGCUCUACAAGAGCCUAUAACUGGUAUAUUUCCUGCGUCGCAGCAGCAUGCAUGGUUCUUUAUGGAUAUGAUGCAUCGGUAUACAACUCCGUACAAGGCUCGAAAAACUGGGUCGUCUAUUUCAAUGACCCGGAUGACAACAUGAUCGGAGCUAUCAAUACGGCUUAUACUGUGGGUGCCAUCUUUGGUGGUUUCUUCUUGGGAGGGCCUACAGCAGACUUUCUUGGCCGUAAAUUUGGAAUGGCAAUUGGUUGUGUCAUGGUGAUCGCUUCCACGUUCAUGCAGACUUUUGCCCCUCGUGGUAACAUUGCAUGCUUCCUUGCCGGGCGAUGCAUAAUUGGUAUCGGUCAAGGCAUUGCUCUGACUGCGGGCCCAAUCUACAUUGGCGAGCUCGCCCCUGCAGAAAUUCGUGGGAAAAUCAUGACCUUCUGGCAAAUGUUCUACUCGGUUGGUUCCUUUAUAUGUUUCUGGGUGAACUACGGGUGCACAGAACACAAGGAGAACCUAGGUGAAUGGGACUGGAAGAUGGUUGUUAUCUUCCAACUCUUAGUUCCUUGCUUAAUUCUAGCACUUAUGCCAACUAUUCCAGGCUCUCCACGAUGGCAAGUGUACAUCCAACGGAGCAAUGACGUUGAGAAAGCCCGUAAGGCUCUCCAAAAAGUUCGCGAACCACAUGAGGUUGAGGAAGAACUCCUAAAAAUCCGCGAAGCUAUUGAGUACGAAAAAGAGGCCAUCUCUGGAAGCUACUCAGCGCUGUGGAAAGACAAGUCUCUCCGCAAGCGUAUGGCUCUCGCUCUGGUCAUUAAUGCCGGCCAGCAGAUCACUGGACAAGGCACGCUGAACACAUACUCUACCAAGAUCUACCAGAAGGUGUUUCCCAACGCUGGUCAGAUUGCUCUCAUUAAUGCUCUCAAUGCGACCUUCGGAAUUAUUUUCACGCUCAACGCUGUUUGGAUUAUUGAUAGAUUUGGGCGCAAAUUUCUUCUGAUUGUUGGUGGCAUCGGUAUGGGAAUCUGCAUGAUCAUCGUUGCAGCGGUCGAGACCGAAACGCCAUCAAUAGGUGAUCCCGGCUCAGACGUCAAGAGCACGCCCGUCGGCAUAUCAAUCGUAUUCUUACUCUUCCUAUUCAUCUUCUUUUACAAACCUUCUUGGGGAGCUACCGUGUGGAUUUGGACUUCUGAGAUUUUCUCGAUGAAUGUCAGAGCACAAGCAGUCGGAAUGGCAUCACAGACACAGAACGUAGCCAAUGCCAUCGUCCAACAGUUCUUCCCAACUUUCCUCAACAACUGCGGGUUCUACGCCUUUUACAUGUUCGCCGGUAUUAACUUCCUCUUGUCGGUGUUUGUGUUCUUCUUUAUCCCCGAGACCAAACAGGUUCCUUUGGAAGAGAUCGAUGCUCUUUUCGGUGGCGCCAACCACGUCACACACGGCGAAGAGCUUGUGGCGGGUGAGAAGCAACUGCAGGUGAUGCAGUCGAACACGGGUCAUGAAAAGGCUGAAGCAGUCACGAUUGAGAAUGCCCCCACACGGCAGCACUGA